CAGAAGAAUGACGCAGGUCAGCUGAUAAGCCCGUCCGAUGGAGGCAUCCUGGCAUCUAUCUAUCCCAGAGAGAUGCACGUCGGGGGCUGUUCUUGUGGACGAAUACUCAUGCAGUAGUCAACCAACCCCCUGUCAGUUGAAUCGGUGCAAUUGCAUCUCCAUCUCGAUCGGAUAUCCGAGGGGUUCCCCGGAUGAUGUCAUGGCGGGGAGAUCAGCCGCAGGCUUGCAUCUCGCGACAUUCUUCUACGUUGGUCAGAUGAAGAAAGAACCUCGCAGACACAUCUGGGUCCAAUGUACCACAGUACACAGUACACGCAUCGCGACAAUGAUGCUGCGAAUACUCCGGACGGAGAAUUGAUAAUUUCAUCCAACCAGCUACUUCAUACAUCUCGAACCCUUCAUCCUCUCCAAUCACCCCAGAUCGAAAGAAAUCUUCCCACACCAUGACCAAUUUCAACAUCCAGAUCAUCUCCGACACCGUCUGCCCGUGGUGCUACGUCGGUUUCCGUCGUCUCUCCCGCGCAAUCUCCAUCCACAAAACCGCCCACCCCGCCGACACCUUCACCCUAAACUGGCAUGCUUUCUACCUGAACCCCGCCUCGCCCUCCUUCCCCGGCCUCGACAAGACCGAAUUCUACAAGUCCAAGUUCGGCGCCGACCGAACCACCGCCAUCUUCGGUCGUCUGGCGGCCGUAGGACAAGCAGAUGGGAUCGCGUUCAGUUUUGGAGGCCGGACUGGCAAUACGCGGGACUCGCACCGGUUGCUGUGGUAUGCGGGGCAAAAGGAGAAGGAGGGGACGGUGAAGGCGGAGGAAGGGGCAGUGGGAGGAUUGCAGACGCGGGUGGCGGAGCAGCUGUUCCGGGCGUAUUUUGAAGACGAGAAGAACAUCACGGAUCCAGAGGUGUUGGUGCAGGCGGCGGUGGGCGCGGGGUUGGAGAGAGCGGCCGUGGAGCAGUUGCUGGCCUCAGAGGAAGGGGGCAAGGAGGUGGAUUUGGAGGCUGAACGUGCCAGGCGCCAGUUGGUUACAGGGGUGCCCUAUUAUAUGGUGCAGGGGCAGUACGCGGUGGAGGGAGCAGAUGAGCCGGACACCUUUUUGGAGGUGUUUGAGCAGGUGAAGAAGAGUGCAUAGGAUGAAGCAAUAGAGAGCAAGGUCCCGGGGACAGCCGCCAGGUAGGAAAUGUAACACAAGCAUCGAAGUGUAAGUAGGGGAGUCUAGUCUCAUAAGACAGCCAUCUUUUUCCCAUUAGGUCCUCCGAAUCACAACCGUAAGUCCUGCAGCGGAGAAGGUUCGCAUGCCGAGAGAGGAUCCCCAAACGCCCGAGUCAACAAUGCGGCCGAGGAUAGCCCCGGAGGAAACAGGGUGGGGGCAGUAU